AACGUCGACUGUAGAAUAUACGCCACUAACAGAAUUAGAUUAUGGAACAUUACUUUGCAGAGCGGCAAAUAUUAUCGGUCUUCAAAAAUCACCUUGUACUUUUCACAUCAUUGCUGCAGGCCGCCCGGAUCAAGUUCACAAUUGUAGCUUUGUAUACAUAUCAAUGUCAUCGGUGACUAUAUCUUGUACUGAAGGGUUUAAUGGAGGAUUGCCUCAACUAUUCAUUAUGGAAGUAAGAAAUAUGCAUUCUAAGGAACUGUAUGCGAACGUAACUUCUACGUAUCCCAGUUUCACUCUCUCAGCUUUGACCCCCGGACACCCAUAUGUAUUAGCAAUUUAUGCUUUCAACUUGAAAGGACGAUCUGAUGCCACGAUCUUAAAUAUCGACAUGAUAAUAACCACGGAGAAAAGAUUAAAUGCAUGGAAAGAUCAACACCAACAUACUAAAAUAGUUGUCUAUCCUAUUUUGUCACUGACUGUGGGAUUAAUUAUAGCAUUGUGUAUAGCAGUUUUAGCAAUUAUUCUUUCCCUACGCGCAACAUGUAGAAACUCGAAGCAUAGGGCAAAAGAGUUUUCACAUGAUCAUAAUUUAUGGGAUGCUUCCAGUCGCAGUUCCGGAAACAAAGACAUGGAUGUGAAUGAAAGUGAUGAAAGAAGCCCAGACGUUAUACCAGAGCUGCUCUCUUUCGAAAAACCGGUAUGUAAAAUGUAUUUAUGAUGAAGUGCUGCCUCAUUUACACUUUCUUUAUGUUAAAAACAAAAAUUGCACUUUGAAAGAUUUGCACUGUUUUAACCAUACCUUCGCCAAUUCAGUUAACUCAAUUUUUCUUGAUACAAGAGCUGAUAAUCAUCAAAUAAAACUAAAAACCUCUAGCUGAGUGCUUUUCAAUUAAUUUCAAAUGGUCAUAAAGAACCAGAGCUGGGAAAAUGCAGUUAAAAUACAAUUACAAUUACCUUCCUCAAUAAUUGUAAUUAGGAAUCAAUUCCUUCA